AUGUCCACCAUCUCGAACGAACAGGCAUUCUACUCUACUCCACCAACUACUCUACAACCUUUCGCUUCGCGAAAACUACGCACCUACACCAGCAACCUGUUGAAAGACAUCCAUCUUGAUGGGAAACCCAUCAAAACAAAUGCCUACGACCAACAUCACGUUGUGGCUACUGCCGCACUGCGACAAUGUACAUCCAAACCCAUGUUCUACUCAAGAGGAAGCCAGCCGAGCAAUUGCCGGUACCGGUUUUCCCGCCUUCCGUAUAUUCGCGGAGUUAAGCGCCCCGGUUCUUUCCGACCCGCCUGGCUUUUCCGAACAAACUUCCCUGACAACCAAGUUUUUCCGAGACGCGCGCGAUCCCUUGCGGGAAGUUCUUCCGCCGGAGUAGCGGCGUUCGGAACAACAAAAAGCGGAGCUCAAAACGGUUGUCGGAGAAACUCAUGCAUUGUGCAUGCAGUAACCCUGUGUUAUGGUUGUAUGCGUUAA